GAUGAUGAGAUAAAUCUGUAUUAUCCUCAGUCUCAGACAAGGUCUUGCUGGCUACCAAGGUUAUGUAGGCACUCAAAUCGAUCGGCCGUCGAGAGUCGAGACUUCAUAUGAUUAUUAUUAUUAGCUGUAUUCCAUUCUCCACCUGCCUUCGGAGUUUGUCUUGAGGGAAGAGUUUAAACAGCUCUCUUCGAGUUUGACUCUUCUCCAGCAAACAGAAACUCCCGUUUAUCGCUUGAGCUAUUUUCCAGAUACUCUGCUGGUAUCUUCCCGAGUUUGACUGCAAUCCUAUAGUAUCACUAUCAAUUCUCUUCAACUUCGAUCACAACUUGACAUAUUUUUAUUAUUGUUUUGUUAUCCUGCUUGUUUACAAUAAAUAUGUAUGGCGCUCACGUAAACUGAUUGAUGCCUCCUCGGAUCCUUCCAUUUGAUCUCAUCCAGAUCUUCAACUUACCCAAGCCCAGUACCCAGACUUGCACCAAAACGCGGAAAAAUUGUUGGCUGGACAGUCCAAAGCUAUUGCUUUCCCUCGAUCAUUUGUCCCAUCUGAAUAACGACUCGCCCAGUCUCAUCCAACUCGGAUAAGAACCUUCUUUCUCUCUCGUCGGACUGGCUACCCAAGAACCUGAUCUAUUAAGAGUGCUCUUUCUCAUCAUUAUUAUUCUUACCUUCUAAGCGCAUCCCGGAUCACUCGGUUCGAUAAGCAGACAGCAAGAAGCUUGGCAAAUACCCUCUUGAUCAAGAAAGAAGACAAAACCUCGCAAGCAGGACAUGCUGCCGCCUAUAGCCGGUUCAGAUACUCCUUCACCUCCCUCUGCCGGACCCAGCCCUAUGGCAUCUCAAUCUCUCUCCGCUACCAAGAACUUGAGCCGUCACUCCUUACGCUCCCUCGCCCCGCUGCUCAAUGACUUGCCUCCGCCAUCAUUCUCGACUGAACCUUCCUCUCGUCGUCCAGCUCAUCCUGAGCAAGCUUCCUCGCAAGCUAAAAAUUCAAACGUGCCCAUCCAUCUCAACCUCACCUACUCCCAGCCCCCUACCUCUCCUCCUACCCUUAAACCUACCCAUCAACCGCAUCAGCAAAGACCUAUGAUCAAGACAUCCUCUCUUGACUCUUCCUCUGGUCAAUCUGAAAGUCCCCCCACUCCCUCCGGUCAUCAUUUGCAUUCAAUGUCUCCCUCUUCCUACCAUGCCUAUCGCCCAGAAUGGACCUCUGUUUCUUCACCCAUCCUAGCCUCUUCCUUCGACCAUCCUGACUACCAAGCCGCCCCGCCAUCUAAGCGGCACCGCCAAUUACUCAAUCCUGAACUACGCUCACCCUUUCGAAUCGAUCCACAGGAUCACACCGACACUCACCAGCAUCCAGCCUCAAAUCCUCUCCUCAUCACAAAUUCAACCUCGGACCCUCAAACUCACCACCCACUCAAGCCUCAUAGCGGUUCAUGCUCGCCAUCUUCUCGCGAGGCUGAUGAAUCGUCUAAUCUUCAGCGUCCUAAUGACCACGUGCUUCGGCCUCACACUUAUUCCCAUUUAGUCACGCUUCCUCAUCCAAUCCUCUUGGAUGAGGAUCGAAGCCUAUGCUCGCGUCCACUCAAAAACACUAAACGUGCCGCUCAAAAUCGAGCUGCGCAAAGGGCCUUUCGAGAGAGAAAGGAUCGCUAUGUGAGGGAAUUGGAGGCACGCUCGGUCCAACUCGAAGAAUAUAUGGUACGAUACGGCCUGUUGGAGGAGCGCGAGCGUAACAUAGCAGCGCGUGAGGCAGAAUUAAUCAAUACCGCAUCUCAAUCUGCCAAGGUAGAUGAUAACGAAAAUAUGAAUCGUAAACCGACCACGAGGGAUGAAGAAAAGCUAAAUCACAUCAAUCGAUUGGAACAUCAGCUAGAAAGUUCACGCGAAGAAAUUGCCAGGCUGAGGGCAGAGUUGAUGAAAUUUCAUCACGAGGAGAUAGAUCAAAAUAGGAGGAGAGUUAUGGAUUGGGAAAGGGGUGCCGAAGAUGUCUCCCUCCCUCGAACUGGCUCUGCAUCAGACGCUGAUACAGAUGCCCAAACUCCAUGUUCCUCCGGUUCAGCAUCUGCCGUGAGUGCUUCCAAGAAGACAACUGGGCCGCAUUAUCAACGAUCCUGGUCGCGAGACAAUCAGAACACCCGAAAGAAUGGCGGGACCACCGAACCGACUGGGAGGGUUAGCAUGCGUUUUGCUCAGAAGGCGCACGGGAAUCGGAGACCGGUACUAUCGAUCACUACUGAGAGCCAGAACGAACCCAUUCUGACUCAGGAAUACUCAAGAAACGGAUGGUCUGAUGAGGGUGAAUCGCCAGAUUCACUUUCAAGAUCUCAUCACCAGACAUAUUGUGCUCGACCUGAGAUCGCCUGCAACCAAUUCGAGCAAAUCCACCAUCACCGCCAGCAACCUUUCGCCUCGCAGUGCACAUCUGAAAACCACAAUCAAGCAAGUACUACGAAGAGUCAUCUGAUUCCGCUCCGUAGAGUCAACAAGCUAGACGGCAAAGACCAAUGCGUCAGAUUGCCAGGCAUUCAAUGCCAACCGACGCACGUGUGGAAAGAUGAAAAAAGGUCCCAAUGAAGGAAGACAGGCGAAGUGAUCAUCAGUGCAUAUCUUGGACCUAAAACUUAUAGUGUUUUCCGUUUUCCAAUCUAUAUACGUUCUUGCAAUCAUAUUUUCUGAUGUGUUAAAGUUUCUUGUUUAAAUUUUUUUCCGGAAGUAGCUUUUGUUUUUCUCUCCCUUAAGGUCCCCUUUCUCAGUAUACAGACAUGUAUAUACGUAUGUCAAAUUAAAGUAAAACCUUCGGCUCGAUUCUUUCAAAUUAUACCUAGCCAAGUCUUUCAUGUCUGUCUUUGUGUGUGUGUUUUUUCUUUUUACUAUUAGGUAUGAGUCCACUGCGCAUGUGUUUAAAUCUAGUUGACAAAUGUGUGGUAUCAUUGAUAUAAUAGCUUAGUAAUUCUAUCGUCAUUAUGCCAUGUUGAUCUCGGGUUUUUGUUUGUCUCUUCUGAUCGGAUUGAAUGUUUCUGGAUGUUUUUGUUUGUGCCUGCGGGUCGGUCAAAUAUCCAUAUAUCUGCCAUGAACAUAUGAUGCGUUUACGUCUGGCAAAGAGUCUAUGUAUGUACCCUGGUAGAACUCAAGAUUAUAGUCCUGGCUUGCCGAAUGCAGAACCAGCCCGACCGGUUGGGCGGUCCGCCAAUGUCUUGCUAUGGCGUUGGCUAGAUUUUGUUUUAUGUGCCUAGAUUUCCAAUAUUCCCACAAGCUUCUGUCGUGCUCCGCAAAGCUGAUGAUACACUUACAACACAA